AUGACUGGAGGCUCACGGCUGCCAUUACUCGUCGUCCAGUAUGCAAUAUCUGGGAACACCAGGCGCACAGAACACUGGGCCCUUGCCGCAGUCACCGACAUCGACCAAAGCAGCGCGCGUAUAUUCCAUAUGAAGGGCAACACGGAUACCUUUGCAUUGGAUGUCCUCGAUGUCCCCAAUAUCACGAAAUCCCGAAGCUACCGCGGUGGUUUUCAAGUCGGGGAGAUCAGCGGGAGUCGAUUGCACGACCUCGAGCUAUGGGUUACUCAGAUUCCAGUGCACAGGAAUAACCCGAAAUGGGACUGCCAGACUUGGGUAAUUGAGAUGCUGAGGGAGAUGCACAUGGAUGGCCGGGCGGUGGUGUAUGAUGGUGUUUCGGAGAGCGGGAUACGGAAAGCGCUUGAGGAGGAAAUGGCUAACGAUGAGGUGGGGUAUGAAUUGGUUGAUGAGAGAUUGAAGAAUUGA